CAUAUUCAUCUCACCCCCAGAAUGCAGAUCAGGACCCCACAGAGAGCAACAUAAAGUCCACUUUAGAGAACUGCAUCGGUUCUUUCGACAGCAUGUUUAUAAUGCAACAAAAUUUGGGGAAUACACGAGCACACCGUCUGAAGAAGAUGCCAUUGAUUUAAUGGUUAUUAAUGCCACGGGUACCGGAGAUGCCGAGAUGCUUGCUAGAGCAUGGUGUGCAGAGAAGGGUAAAAUGCGGUUAGAAGGAAGGACGGAGGCCCUUGUUAUACUUGCACUGUCCAAGCAGCGAGUAAGGGGGCUUUGGGGACGGGGGUAUUAAUAUGGGUGACAUAGUAUAUUCAGGUAUUAUCAGUGAAAUAGACCAAGUGUGAAGUCCAAACUCAGAUUGCAAGUAUAUAAUGAGCUCAGAAUCGUAGAUAUGAUAGGCCAUCUACAUCUAUCAAAUAGUUGUUUAUUCGUGAAGUUGAAAUAGAGUUGACUAUUCGGCUGUUGAACACUUUUUAGCGCCAAGAGGUGGAAAUAAAACCCAAAGUUUGAUUCAACAACGAAAAAUCUACACAAGCAUCAACUCUACCGUAUGCUAAUUGGUAAUAUUGGCCUCGAAAAUGGAAGACCCAAAUGAUGCAGCCAUUGACUCUAUCGACGUCGAUCUUGAUACCCAGGAGAUACUACUGGCCGCAUCACAGCACGAUGUUGCAAAACUGCGUGAGCUGAUCCGCAACAAUGAAAAGGACGAGAACCCCGCCAACGCGAAAGACCCAGAGACAGGAUAUACACCUUUGCAUGCAGCUAUAGCAGCAUGUGAAGCUGAGAGGGUCAAUGUAACAAAUGGCGAUACAGCUGAGCAUACGAUGAGUGAACAGGAGACGAUAGAAGGCGGGGUGAAGACCGUGAAAUUUUUACUUCUAGAGGGAGCUAUAUGGAACGAUUUGGAUGUCAAUGACGAAACCCCCGGGUGUAUGGCCAGAAGACUCGGGCUUACGGAAUUGUACCAGCUAAUGGUUGAUGCUGGAGUGCGCGCAGAGCUGUUAUUGAACAGAUUGGAGGGGUACGAGCAGCUGGAAGAUGAGGAUGAAAAAGCUGGGACUACAGAAGAGAAAGAGGCGGGGAAUGAUGCAGCUGAAGGUGAAAAGCCGGCUGAGGCUGCUGAUAUGACAGUUGGAGAAGGGGUUGUCCAAGAUCCGAGUGUUAGUAAUGAGCAUUACCUGAGUUCCGGAUUGACAUUCCAGGAGAAUAGGCUACUAGAUGGAGAUAAGAACGGAGUGAUGAUGGCGUGGGAAACCGGUAUAAUGGAGAAGUCAGCCAAAGCCUUGCUCCCUUCGCCCGGACUUAGAGUGUUGAAUGUCGGACAUGGCAUGGGAAUCGUUGACGGAAUUCUUCAGACUCUGCAACCAAGUGCCCACCAUAUCAUCGAGGCACAUCCAGCUGUGGUAGCAGAUAUGAAGAGCAAGGGAUGGCAUGAAAAGGAGGGAGUGACAAUACACGAAGGCAGGUGGCAAGACAUCCUACCCAAACUCGCUGCUGAGGGAGUGAUGUUUGACGCCAUCUACUAUGAUACCUUUGCUGAGUCGUACUCCGACUUCCGCGACUUUGCUUCAGAGCAUGUAAUAGCAUUGCUCGAGCCCGAGGGACGAUGGAGUUUCUUCAACGGCAUGGGAGCUGACAGGCAGAUCAGCUAUGAUGUGUACCAAAAGGUGGUUGAGAUGGACCUGAUGGAGGCUGGAUUUGAUAUCGACUGGACAGACAUUGCAGUGCCUUCACUGGAGGGCGAAUGGGAGGGAGUCAGGAGGAAGUACUGGGUCGUUGAUAACUACAGACUGCCCUUGUGUAGAUACUCUGAUUAAAUCGUUGUCUAAAGCCGUAAGAUAUCCAAGGUAGCCAGGGUUCCCCCUACGUGUUUGGCUCCUACUUUGCUUAUUUGGUGAACAGGAAGUAGGCCGCCCCCUUCAC